GCACGCCAUAUGUUAGGAGGUGUAAGGUGGAUUAGAGCUUUAUUAAGUAUUUCAGUAGAUACAGGCCAUAUUCAUACUCCCAUAGCUGGUUCUAACUUGACAGGUAGUUAAUCACAGCAAUGUCGUCUCUUCACCACGUUCUCUUACUCGGCGGUAGCGGCAAGGUUGCUCAGCUACUAACACCCUUACUCCUCCAGCGAUCAUGGAAUGUCACUAGCAUUAUCCACGACCCCGCGCGGGUCACAAGCCUAGAGAAGCUCGGACAAGGCCAGAAAGGGAACCUGAACGUUUUAGUCCGUAGCUUAGAGGAAGUCACGAGCGAAGCUCAGGCUAAGAGCAUCAUAGAUGAAGUGAAGCCAGACUAUGUGGUAUGGAGUGCUGGUGCCGCGGGCAAAGGGGGGCCAGAGAGGACGUUCAAGAUUGAUCGUGAUGCCGCAAUUCACUUCAUCCGCGCAUCAGCCGCGACAUCAUCAAUCACCAAGUUCGUCAUGAUUUCCUACCUUGGGUCUCGGUUAAAGAAGGCUCCAUGGUGGUCUGAAGAGGUCUGGCAGAAUAUUCAAGAAACGAAUAACGGCGUUUUGAAAACAUACUAUCAAGCUAAGAUAGCAGCCGAUCAGGUAUUAUACGAGGAAGGGAAGAAGAGAAAAGACUUUGCCGCGAUCAAUCUUCGCCCAGGCACAUUGACAUUAGAGCCGGCGGGUAAAGUUAAGCUUGGAAAACUUCCCGUCUUGGGUUCUGCAAGCCGUGCGUCUGUCGCGCAGAUAACCGCGUUAUUGCUGGACGCCUCCAACGUCAAGAGCGGCUGGCUCGACCUCAUCGACGGCGACGAGGAUCCAGAGGCCGCUGUUAAGCGAUGUGUCGAGGAGGGAGUAGACGCUGCUGAAGGCGAGCCAUUUUACUGAAGAGUGGCAGUUCAUGUUUAAUACGGCCUAGAACUUCGCAUUAGUAAAAGGCCAUUGAGGAUGGUUUUUAAGUAGUCGGAAAAGCAAGAAAAUCAAGAGCCAUUCUAUAGGCAACGGCUUUGAAAGGAAUACAUGGUUGAGGGUUAUACCGUUGAAAAUGUAAUAAUAUCAGUCGCAGUACCAAGCCUGUUGGUCUGGUGACGUUUAUGGUGUUACGGGGAAUUGCAGUCCAAUUACUAUCUACCAUAACCUAUAAACCUAUAACAUUUAGUUGCC